AUGACACCCUUCUUCGCGCCCAACAAGACAGCCGACAAGGUAACUACCCUGCUGGAUCCAUGGUUCAGCAAGCUCCGCGGUCUCGGGAUUCCCUUCGACCCCAACAUCACUGAAUACGAUAGAUUCUACCCUGCCUGGAAAGUAUUGUUUCCCCUCGAGGCUGUCGAAAAGUUAAACAUCCAAAACGGCUCCUGUCUCGUCCCCCGGAGGAACUUUGAAAGCGAGGCGCUCAAGCAGGCAGUUUUUGACGCUAUCCGCACCUCGCUCGAGACGAGCCACGUCUUUGUUGGGCUCAACAUCAAAGCCACCAGCCCCGAUGACCCGGCUAACGCGGUCAACCCCGCCUGGCGCGAGAACAUCCUGUUUGCUCUCCAGUCCGCCAGGUGCAAGUACCCUCGUUUGCUGGAGCUGAAAGACAAGUGGGACCCGGAGGAUGUCUUUUUUGCUGCUACCGCGGUCUGCAAUGAGUUUUGGAAAGUUAUCACUGCUUAUGAGCUUCCUCACGAGAACGGGAGACUGUGUCGAGUUGAUGAAUGA